AUGAUCGAUGAUGUCACUGGUGUUUGUAUUGAUUGGCCAUUGUUUUUUCAUCGACGAAUAGUAAUCAUCAAUCAUCAGCGACAAUAUCUGCACCUCCUACGGUAUCAUCGGCAGCCAAUGCUGCCCAACGUGCUUAUGCUGCUUACAGCAACCGAGCAUCAACAUCUUGAUAGAAAACUUGUUAUCUCAUUCAUGUAUCUUUUUCUUUGGUCAUGA